AUGAUGCAUCGCCCUCGAGGUAACUCGGUUGUCGAAGACAUUGUCGUCCCUAGUCAUCUUUUGGCUACAGCGGCUGCUCACCGUAACUGGGAGCCAAGUCAAUGGGAAUCUGCUCUGCCCCAAUCUGGUCCUGUCUCGCGGGCGUUAUUUGCAGAGGCUAGGGCAAAUACGCUAAACAGGUCGUUAAGUCUGAAUGGUCUAAAUGACGGCCGUGUUUCUAGACCACAACAGACAUAUCGGCCGCGAUCCAGGAGCAUCCCAUCCAUUAUCCCAGAGAGGCAGUCAUUAUCCUCGACCUCAUCACCAUCAGUUAGUCGAAACUUGAGCCCAGAGCCACGCUCGCCACAUGUACACUUUACUCGUUCCACGGCCGCAUCUCCGUCCCCGUCACCGCUUUUUGAAUCUUUCGACAGCUUGAUCCAGAGCAAUAGCGAGAACCAGAAAGAAGUUACUGGCAUUCCCCAGAGGAGCCUAAGUCAACGGCUUGUCAAUAGGCGGACGAGCGUCUACAACCUAUAUGAGGAGGCUAAAGUUCGCGGGGCAGGUCUUCAGCGAAAAUACUGGGUUCAAGUACUAUUUGAAUGUACUGUCUACGUCAUUUUGCUUGCCUUUAUCUAUCUCGUUUUGGUUGGUCUUCCACUAUGGAACGGUGCAGUCUACUGGUUGUACUGGGUCGUCAAGAACAAGUUUGUUAUCGAAGGUGGCUGGGCUAUUGUCUUGGGCCUAUCAACGCUAUAUGCAUAUCUUCCUCUGCUCAUACUCUUUGAAAAGGACCCCCCAGCCCCAAAUGCGGUGGAUGACGAAAUUGAUGUCGAAGCAAAUAAACUUAGAGACCGUGUCGAAAAUACGGCUUUAAUGAUUCCUUGUUACAAAUCGGCGAGCAUAAUAGGACCUACUCUUGAGGCAGCUUUGAAGAUUUUUCCGGCUCAAAAUAUUUACGUGAUCGCGAAUGGCAACUCGGCUACGCCUCUUGAUGAUACCGAAGAUGUAUGCCGGCCUUACGGAGUUAACCACAUUUGGUCGCCCGUUGGAUCUAAGAUUAUCGCGCAAUUCGUUGGCUGCUAUGCUACCAAAAAGUUCGAAAACGUUUUACUAAUCGACGAUGACUGCCUUCUUCCUGCAAACUUCCCUGUUGUCAGUGACCGGCUCGUUGGUCGUGUCAAGUGCAUCGGUUACACUAUCAAGAGUGUCGGCCCCAACUCUUCCAAGGGCACCUUUUGUCAACAGGCUCAGGAUCUCGAAUACAAGAUCUCAGGGAUACAGCGCGCUCUGGCGGGGAAGAUCGGCAGUGCCACUUUCCCCCAUGGAGCUAUCUCACUAUGGAACCGAGAAUUCCUACAACAGACAUUUCAUGAUCAUCCCGGCUUCACGGUAUCUGAAGAUUGGUUUUUUGGUGACAGCUGUCGGCGACUAGGUGGACGAAUUGAUAUGUGCACAUCUGUCUUCGUGGAAACCGAGACACCCUCUGCUGUUUUCUUCAGUAGCGGUGGCAGCCGAGGCGGGUUCGGGGAAAUGACAAUCUUCAAACAACGGUUUAUGCGGUGGAACUUUUUCUUCGUUAAUGGCAUGUACUACAACAUGAAAUACAUCAUCAAGAGCUGGAAAUUAGGGUGGUGGGAGCUCGGUGCCAAGAUUUUCGUUUGGCAAGAGGUCUAUGAAACGCUCCUGUACCUUCUCACACCGUUUAUAUUACCGAUGUCAUUCAUGGCCCGACCUGCUUUCAGCGGUUUCAUGCUCGGCAUUACCAUUGCAGUGUACCUGCUCAACGUUCUUAUUUUUAACGAGAUACAUUUACGAUUGAAGCGCGAACGUGUUAGCCUAGCUGUGUUGCUAUUUUACUAUACCCCAUACAAAAUGGUUCUCACCUUCAUUAACGUAGCUAGCUGCUACUGGUCCGUCUAUAAAUAUGCCCGCUAUUUUGCUAAGAGACACCCGAAAGUGAUCGAAGAUGCAAAGGCAAUUGAAGUGGUGCUACGCCUCGAAGAGCAACAAAAGAAUACCACAGAGCGUAACAAUACACUGGGUCGCACACUUACCAUUACGAAAGUGGAAGCGCGGAGAAACGCGACAGCCUCAAUAUACGAGAAUUUUGAAGACCCCGACCCCCAAUUCUCCGAUUAUGUGGGAAAGGAAGAGAAUGAAAAGGCCGAGUCCGCCCCAGCAAUACAAGUUACGCCUGCGCACAGUUUUCAUUCUGUGAAUGAGAGCUACUCUCCAUACCAGCACGAAGAAGACGACUAUCAACAACCAGGGUCGUUUUCCUCUUCGCAGCGCUCCUCGUAUUAUUCCACGAGGUCGGCUUAA